UUCUCUUACAAACACAUGAAAAAAAAGGGAAUCUCUUUUAUUCCAAAAACUUAUUUCUAGGGUUUGAUAAUAUUAUCUGUACUUCAAUUGGUAUAGCUGAUUUCACCUGAAAGUUAGGAGAAUUGGGGUUUAAGUGGUAUAAUUCAAUUCAAAAGUUCUUCUCUGUAUGUAGCUCAUAGAAUUAGGGGGGAAAUUAUAAAAAUAGAGGAUCUUUUUCAGUUACUAUGGUUCCUACAAGAUUUGCAUGGCCUUAUGGUGGUCAUCAAGUAUUCUUAAGUGGUUCGUUCACUAGGUGGACUGAUCAUUAUUUAAUGACACCAGUUGAAGGAUCAUCAACUGUUUUUCAAGCUAUUUAUAAUCUUGAACCGGGUUAUCAUCAGUAUAAAUUCCUGGUUGAUGGAGUAUGGCGACUCGAUGAACAACAACCAUAUGUUACUGAUGAGCACGGAAUUGUGAAUAAUAUCAUACUCGUGAAGGAGCCUGAACUCGUGUCUUCGGUUUUGCGUUUAGAGGCUUGCAAUUCUGAUUCAAGCAUGGAGCUUGAUAAUGGCUUCUUUAGGCACCCGGCUUCAGUCUCAGGUGGCACACAUCGAAAUCCAGUACUACAAAUUCCUGAUGGUGAGAUACGCGCUUUUCGUCGUCACAUCACGUUAUUAUUGUCGAGAUAUACAGCAUAUGAAUUGCUUCCUGAGUCAGGCAAGGUUAUUGCAUUGGAUAUUAAGUUGCCCGUAAAACAAGCAUUUCAUAUAAUGUAUGAGCAGGGGCUUGUUUCCGUGCCUAUUCGGGAUGACUUGAAUGGGCAGUUUUGUGGAAUGUUGUCUGCUUCUGACUUCAUUUUGAUUCUAAUGGAGUUGCAUAAUAAUGGAUCUAUGCUGACCGAUGAAGAGCUUGAAACGCACACGGUUUUUGCUUGGAAAGAGGGAAAAUAUCAACUCAACAGAGAACCCGAUGGUUCUGUAGAACAGCUACCUGGGAGGCCUUUAAUCCAAGCUGACCCACAUGAAUCUCUAAAAGAUGUAGCUCUGAAGAUUGUUCAUAAUAAAAUUUCCACAGUUCCUAUCAUUCAUAAACUAGAAGACGGGUCCAUGCCUCAGUUGCUGCAUCUCGCUUGUCUGCCUGGAAUUUUAAAACAUAUUUGUAGGCAUUUUAGACAUUCCCCUGGAACUUUGCCUCUUCUUCAGCAACCGGUUGGUAGGCUCUGUUUGGGCUCAUCGAUGCAGAAAGUUGGCGCGCCAACUAGUUCUCGGCUGACAAUGUUGCGGCCCAAUGAUCCUCUAAGCUCUGCGCUUACUCUACUAAUUGAGGAUCAAGUAAGCUCCAUACCCAUUGUGGAUGAUAAUGGGUCACUGCUGGAUGUGUACAGCCGGAGCGAUAUUACUUCAUUAGCAAAAGAUAGUGCAUAUGCUCAUGUUCGGCUUGAUCAAACAAGUAUUCAUCAAGCCUUGCAACUGUUCUACGAGGCAACCGGUGCUGUUAACGCCUACAAACAUUGCACCACAUGCUUGAAUUCUGAUUCGUUGCAUGAGAUUAUGGAGCGUCUCUCUGAUCCAGCGGUGAGGCGGCUUAUUGUAGUCGAGGCAGGAAGCAAACGCGUGGAAGGGAUAAUCUCACUGAGAGAUGUAUUUAAUUUUCUGCUUUGCUGAAUUUCUUCUGUAAAUUCUCUCUUAGUAGACAUUCAAUUUUCGUCCAUUUUCUUCGAUUCAAAGGGAGAAUAAUCUUCUAAUUAGAUCAAUCAAGUAAAAGAAAAACAAAAUAAAACAAUCAUUGUUAUGUAUAAAAAUGUCGUUCAACUGUUCAACAAAUGAAAGGCGAGCAGAACGGGGGCAACU